AUUCACCCAAUUUUUUUUCCUUCUUUCCGCUUGCACUUCCGAAUCCAAACAAAAUUUAUGUUUCUUUUUCAUUCGUUUGAUCUUUGAUGUAUCCUUGUUUUCAUAGAGGUUGCGUUUGUGGUGAUCUUCGGGUUCUUUGAUUCUGCAAAAUUUGUACGGUGUGAGCAAAUACUUCCUGAUCGCAGAUCAGUUGGAAGAAAAAGGAGAGAGAGAGAGAGAUAAGUGAUCUGGUGAAGCCCGUGAGAAAAUGCCUCACCGAACGACUUACUUCUUCCCGAGGCAAUUUCCCGAUCCUGGGUUCGAUGUAUCUUCCAAACAAAUGUUGGAUGAUCACGGGAAAAAGCCCCUCAACCAAACACCAACGAACAAUGCUGCUGUUGGUGAAAAUGACCUCAACAAAUUAAUCUCGAGAAUUGAUGAUCCAAAAGAGUUCACGACGUCGCCAGUUGUUGAGUCCAACAAACACGACAACAGCACUCCUCAGACGGAUCUUUUCACGGGUGGAAAUCUUUACUCCAAAAAGCAACAGAUAGCUGCUUUCAUCGACUGGUUCAUCGGAAGAGAAGCUACUGUUGACCGAUCACGUCAUGUGAAACCUUCCUCUCGACGUCUCUCUUCAACUACCGAUCACGAUGAAGACCGCCAGUUGUUAUUACCUCCGGAACCAGCUCCGCCGCAGACGCUUUCCCCUCCUCCUCCUCCAGAAACCAACGCCGUGAUCAACGAUCGUAGCGUUGAUCGUCGGGUGUCACUCCAGAGGUUCUCAAGUGGUAGUAGUUAUGCAGGGAGUUUGUUUCCUGGUUCAACAUUGGAUGGCGAUGUAUCCAGUGAGUUUAAAGGUACAUGGACUAAGGAUGAUCCAUCGUCAUCCUCGGCGACUGUACCCGUGACAAGGGAAGUCAAGGGACCGGAAGCAGAGGAGGAGAGUAAAGAUAACUUAGCGCUCAAGUCAAAGGAGAGCUAUUAUUUACAACUUACGAUGGUUAGAAGGCUUACUUCUCAAGCAAGUCUCCUCGCUGAACCCUUGCUGUUACAAGAGUAUUGUGGACCCGGUGUCGCCGAUGCAGAAAUUGUUUCUUAUCGUCUUUGGGUUAGCGGGUGUUUAUCAUAUAGUGAUAAGAUAUCAGACGGUUUUUAUAACAUUCUUGGGAUGAAUCCAUAUUUAUGGGUGAUGUGUAAUGAAUUUGAAGAAGGAAGACGCUUACCACCUUUGAUGUCUCUUAAAGAGAUUGAACCCAGCGACGCCUCUAUGGAGAUUGUUCUUGUUGAUAGACGCCUGGAUACGCGCCUCAAAGAGCUUGAAGAUAAAGCACAGGAAUUAUAUUGUUGUUCAGACAAUCCCCUUCUGUUGGUUGAAAAGCUUGGAAAGCUUGUUGCAAUCUAUAUGGGAGGAACCUUUCAAGUGGAGCAUGGGGAUCUUCACAAACGCUGGAAAGUGGCAAGCAGGAGAUUAAGGGAUUUUCAGAAGUGUGUUGUGCUACCCAUUGGCAGCCUCUCCAUGGGACUCUGCAGGCAUCGUGCAAUCCUCUUUAAGACAUUAGCCGACUAUAUAGGUUUGCCAUGUAGGAUUGCUCGAGGAUGCAAUUAUUGUGCAGCGGAUCACCGUUCUUCAUGCCUUGUCAAAAUUGAAGAUGACCGGCAGUCAACAAGGGAAUAUGUUGUUGAUCUAGUUGGGGAGCCUGGAAAUAUCCAUGGUCCAGAUUCCUCUAUCAAUGGAGAAUUUCUUUCAUCAUUGCCUUCACCAUUUCGAAUUUCUCAUCUAAAAGAAUUCCAACUACCUUGCUUGGAUAAUGCAUCAUAUGGUCAGAUUAUAGAUUCAAAGCAUCCAAGUUAUCUUUCUGAGAAUCCUCCACAUUCUGUUGUUCAACAAUUGAAGGACAAUGAUUUGCUUGAAAGUCAAAAGAAACAAGUUGAUCAAGACUGUUUUGGAAAGGAAUCAUCUUUGAUGCCUUCUGAAACAGCUUCUGGAGCAACAAUACAUGAACAUUCUGGACUCCAUGGAGAAAAAGUUGCCAUAGAACAAACCCUUCGAAAAGAGAUUGUUGUAUCUGGAAGCUCAGUGGUAAAUGGUGUGAAGCAAUCAAAAAUCAACUUGCCUAGUCAGUCAGAUUUGGAGGAGUCAGGGGCUGAACUUGAUAAUCAAGGAAGAUUCUCUGCUGUAUCCACCUCAAGUUAUCUAGAUCUUGAACCUUCUCUUGCAAUGGAUUGGCUUGAGAUAUCAUGGGAUGAAUUGCAUAUUAAGGAACAUGUUGGUGCUGGCUCGUUUGGAACGGUACAUCGUGCUGUGUGGCAUGGAUCGGAUGUUGCAAUCAAGGUCUUCACUGAUGAAGAUUUUCAUGAUAAUCAGUUGGAGGAGUUUUUGAGAGAGGUUGCUAUAAUGAAACGUGUUCGACAUCCAAAUGUGGUCCUUUUCAUGGGUGCUGUUCUAAAGCGGCCUCAUCUGUCAAUUGUGACAGAGUAUCUGCCAAGGGGCAGUUUAUACCGGAUAAUUCACAGGCCUGCUGCAGGGGAAACACUCGACCUGAGGAGGCGAUUACGCAUGGCAUUGGAUGUGGCCAAGGGAAUCAACUACCUUCAUUGCCUCACUCCUCCAAUAGUACACUGGGACCUUAAAUCACCCAAUCUCUUGGUUGAUAAGAACUGGACGGUAAAAGUCUGUGAUUUCGGAUUGUCCAGGUUCAAAGCCGACACUUUUGUAUCAUCAAAACCUGUUGCGGGAACUCCUGAAUGGAUGGCUCCGGAAGUCCUUCGUGGAGAGCCUUCCAAUGAGAAAUCCGAUGUUUACAGUUUCGGAGUAAUCCUGUGGGAGCUUGUGACAAUGCAACAACCAUGGAGUGGACUCAGUCCUGCCCAGGUGGUUGGUGCUGUAGCUUUCCAGAACAGGAGGCUGGCCAUUCCUCCUACUAUCUCCCCAAAGUUGGCUUCUCUCAUGUAUUCUUGUUGGGUUGACGAUCCUGCUCAACGGCCAUCUUUUGCUAACAUUGUAGAAGCACUAAGGAAGUUGCUAAAGUCGCCGUUGCAGUCGAUACAGAUGGGACGCAUGAGAGUGGCCCUCGCAUGAGAGUGGCCCUAUUUGAUCCUACACAACCGUAGGUGCUAUCUUAACCCGGUUGGAAGAUGGUUAAUCCCAUUAAAAAUUGAGCUCUGUAACAAUUUUCCAAAAAAGUGUGUAUAUAUA